CUUGAUUUCCUCUAGAAGACUCAUUGAAGUUCUCUCUUUCCAUUCCAUGUCCUGCACCCAUGGGUCCCCAGCCGCUCACUGUUGUCCUCACAGAGACCAGAACCCCCUGUGUGCCAGAAAGCAAACAGGAGGCUCCUGCAGCGGACAGCAUCCCAUCUCGUGUGCCUCUGGGAAAGGCAGGAGAGCGGAGCUCCGUCCUCUACUCUGCUGGGCAGUUCUUCUUUGAGUACCUGGUGGUGGUUUCACUGAAGAAGAUGUCAGAUGGACGUUAUGAACCCAAGAUAGCAUAUCAGUUCCCAAAGCGUGAGAACCUCCUGAAGGGUCAGAAGGAGGAGGAGGAGCGGCUCCUGCAGGCCAUCCCCCUCUUCUGCUUCCCCGAUGGCAACAACUGGGAGCCCGUUACCACCUUCCCCAGUGAAACCUUCUCCUUCGUCCUGACGAAUGUGGAUGGCAGCAGGAAGAUUGGUUACUGCAGGCGGCUGCUGCCCUCUGGCCGCGGUGUCCGCCUCCCUGAGGUCUUCUGCAUCAUCAGCUGCCUGGGCUGCUUCGGGCUCUUCUCCAAGAUCCUGGACGAGGUGGAGAAGAGGCGUCAGAUCUCCAUGGCUGUGAUUUACCCCUUCAUGCAGGGCCUGCGGGAAUCACCCUUUCCAGCUCCGGGGAAAACCGUCACCAUUAAAAGCUUCAUCCCCGAGUCGGGCACAGAGCUCAUUGAGCUCACACGUCCUGUGGACGCCCACCUGGAGCACGUGGAGUUCCCAGCGCUGCUCCAGCGGCUCAGCCCCAUCCUCAUCCUGCACAUCUUCGCCUCUGCCGUGCUGGAGCGGCGGCUCAUCUUCCUGGCUGAGGAGCUGAGUGUCCUCUCGCAGUGCAUCCAUGCUGUGGCUGCUCUCCUUUAUCCCUUCACGUGGGCUCACACCUACAUCCCCGUGGUCCCUGAAUGCCUCCUUGACACUGUCUGCUGCCCCACGCCCUUCAUGGUUGGCAUCCAGAUGCGGCACCUGGAGCGAGUGCUGGAGCAGCCCAUGGAGGAGGCUCUGAUAGUUGAUCUGUGUGAAGGGAAGAUCCUCAGGGCGGUGGGCGACGAGGAGGAGAUCUUGCCCAUCAAGCUGCAGAAUGAGAUGCUGGCAUCUCUGAACAGGCACAACAGCAACAACAACAUACACACAUCUGAGCAGCUGAAUGCACUCAUCUCCGAGGCCUUCGUGCAGUUCUUUGUCCGUCUGGUCGGGCAUUACCCCUCUUACAUCAAGUGGAGUAAAAAUGGCCUGGGCACCUUCCAGGAGAGAGCAUUCUGUAAGGCCAUCACCUCCAAGACCAACCGCAGGUUUGUGAAGAAGUUUGUGAAGACCAACAUGUUCUCCUUAUUUAUUGAGGAUGCAGAGAAGAGCAGGAUCCCACAGGAAGGUAAAGGGUGCUGUAGAUGCAGUUUGUGA